AUGGCAGCAAAUGAGCCGCCCGAGGAGCCGCCAGCAGCGCGCGCGACCGUACAGGGCCGCGUGACGGGCAUCAUCUACCCGCCGCUCGACAUCCGCGCGGUGGUGGACAAGACGGCGCAGUUUGUCGCGAACAAUGGGCGCGCGUUCGAGAGCCGCAUCGUGGGCGAGCGCAUGUCGACCAAGUUCUCCUUUCUGCGCGAGUCGGACCCGUACCACGCGUACUACGAGCACAAGGUGAGUGAACUGAGUGCCAAGAAGAGCGACCCGAGCGAGGACCCGACGGCCGGGCCGUCGAACGAGGACAAAGACGCAGGACAAGAGCCGCUGCGUGUGGCGGUGACGGCGCAAGAGGCUGCAAAAGACGUGUCGCUGCCGUCUUCGAGUGAACUGGUGGUGGAGAAAAAAGCAGUCGAGAAUGUUGCGGCCCAAGUGGCUAAGAAGAUAAAAGAGACUGCGCUGGAGCCACCGCUUGAGGAGAAGUUUAUGAUCAAGCACCCGACACUCAGUGCCCUUGACCAAGAGAUCAUGUACCUCACGGCGCAGUACACGGCACUGAGCGGCAGCUCGUUCCUGUCAGGAUUGGCUACGCGCGAGCAGCGGAACCCGCAAUUUGACUUUCUGAAGCCUACGCAUCCAUUGUUUGCGUACUUUACAGCACUGGUGGAGAGCUACACGCUGGUGCUGGCCAAGCAGGACGUGCAGAUGAAGCGGAUAGAAGAAGGAACAAAGCGCAUGCAGGUGCUCGAUCGGUGCGUGCAUCGAAUGGAGUGGCAACGUACCGAGCAGGAACGCAAGGACAAGGAGGCGGCAGAGAGCGACGCCGAGCGCCGCGCGCUUGCACAGAUCGACUGGCACGACUUUGUGGUGGUGGAGACGAUCAAUUUCGACGACGAUGACGAUUUGGGCGCUUCUGCCGCUCGUGAUGAAGGGGAGGGCAAUGCAUCUGAUGAUGAAGACAUGGAUAUGGAGGAGGAGGACGAUGACGAAGAGCCAAAGCCGGAUAUCAAGGUGGUUGAAAAUCACAUACCACACGCCUCAGCAGCAACAGCGCAGCAACCGUUGUUGAGUGUCGAUGGCAAAACGCUUUCGUCUGCAGAGGCAAAUGAACACAUGCGCAUUCUAUUGAUGAACCCAAAGUGGCGCGAAGAAACCCAGCGUCAUCUAGAAAAGCAGAAAGAGAGCUCUUAUGCUGUAGGCUCGGCAAUCGCAGACUCGCUGCGGCGGUUUGCAACAAAACGCGCGGACAUAUUUGCUUCCUCUGCUGAAGAAGAAGCACGGUUGUUACAAGCGACGACAGCGCCGACUGCUGCAGAGCAACAGCAACAACGACAACAGCAACAGCAACAGCAGGAGGAAAUGGAUUCCGACAAAGAAGAGAAGUCUGAGUCUGACUUUGGCACAUCUGGAAGCCAGCACAUGCCUGAGCAUGCGGGGCAUCCUGGACUUGGACGGAUGGGUACAAGUGUACCGAUCGUGGAGUCAGCUGGCCACGUGAUGCCAGCUCCAAUGACUGGGACUCCAGGUAUGGCCGCUCCGGCUGCCGGCCACCCAGGAAUGACUCUUCCAGUUGCAGGAGCUCCUGGUAUCAUGCCACCGACCGCGAUGGUACCGGGAGCCCCAGGCAUGGGUCCUCCUCGAAUGAUGCCCCCCGGGAUGGGACCUCCUGGCUUGGCACCUAUGGGUGCUGCCUCCGCUGGCAUCAUCCCCCCACACAUGCAAGCGCCAAACGUAAUGGCAUCAGGAGUGGUUCAUGGCCCACCUGGUGUCGGGGCUGGACCUCCUGGCGUUGUAGCAGCGAGUGUGACCGCAGGACCUCCAGGCGAAGAUCUUGAACCGGGCGCGAAGAGGCAACGUACAGGCGGAUCGUCAUUACUGCCAGAGAAAGAGUUUGCUAGCCGACAUCCGGGGAUUGUGCGACUGGUUGUGAAGGUUCCAAACGAUCCAGACAACGCCCAAUGGAAAUUAGGGGGACAGACGCUAACGAUAGAGCUGGAUGUGAAGGACAGUAUGCGGACACUCAAGGAAAAGCUGAUGACCGAGCUACAGGGCAUGCCAGUAAACAAGCAGCAGCUCAAGUUCUCGUUGGGAUUCGUCAAGGACGCCUUUUCGUGCGCACACUACAAUUUUGUAAACGACACAGAGCUCGAGCUGAGUGUUCGCCAGCGCGGUGGUAGGCGGUAG